AUGACAGGAAUCAGCCCCUCAACAAUCGAGACUCUUCGUAGUCGACUGACGACCGCAACUGUUCUUACUCCAGACUCGGAAGGAUACCAAGACAGUCUUAUUCGAUGGUCUGAUACGGGGAGGAAGGAGGCAGGAGUCGUGGUUCAACCAGUGGACGUCGCAGACAUUCAAGCUGCGCUCCUAUGGGCACAAGAGCACUCCGUGAACCUUGCUGUGAAGGGCGGCGGCCAUUCGACAGCGGGAACCAGCUCGAGUGAGGGUGGCUUGGUUAUUGAUCUGUCACGCAUGACCCAUGUCUCCGUGGACGUCUCCAGCAAGACCAUCACGGCCCAGGGUGGUGCGACCUGGAAAGAAGUCGACGAGGCUGGGGCUGCUCACGGUCUGGCGACUGUUGGAGGAACGGUGAAUCACACUGGCAUCGGCGGUCUGACCCUUGGCGGGGGUUAUGGCUGGCUCAGUGGGCAAUAUGGCCUCACCAUUGAUAAUCUUCGGUCGGCGAGAGUGGUUCUAGCCGAUGGUAGCUUGGUAACUGCCUCUGCGACUGAGCAUCCCGACUUAUUCUGGGGAUUGCGAGGCGCAGGAUACAAUUUCGGCGUCGUCGUGGAGUUUACCUACCAGGCAUACGACCAGAGUCCACUUGUCUAUUCGGGAAUCCUUGGAUUUUCCCCGGACAAACUCGAGAAGGUUAUUGAGCAGUUGAACGGCACUUUGGCGAAUCCGGAUUCUCGGUCAGGAGCGAUGUGCAUCUUCGCGCAAGCACCCGAUGGGUCGGGCCCGAUGAUUAUCGUGAUCUGUUUUUACAACGGCACUCGCGAAGAGGGACAGGAUCGCUUUGCCGGAUUUUUGGCUUUAGAGCCACUUCUCAACACUGUGGACAUGAUCCCUUACUCGGUGGUGAACACGCUGCAGAAUCCCCAAGCCACGUAUGGCGAUCGCAAGGCCUUCAAGGGCAUUUUCUACGCGCCCCCUCUGGAUCCCCACUUUAUGCGAAGUGUAUUCGAGGAGUUUAUGGCUAAGCUCCAGAGCAAUACCGACUUGAUGCCCUCCGCCAUUAUUCUUGAGUUCAUCGAUAUGCGCAAGAUCUGCGAGAGGUCUCUAUCGACCACUGCAUUUGCAAGUCGCAAUAUGACACAGAAUGGUAUUCUGUAUAUGCGCUGGACCGACUCAUCGAAAGAUUUGGAACAUCGUACCUGGGCGCGUGGGGUUCAGGCCAAAUGGAAAGCUGAGCUAGAGGCGAGGAAGAAAGACCUGCAAGGUGGAAACGAUGUGCCUCAGUAUAUCAACUACGCCGAACCGGGCGACUCCGUCGUCAAUAAUAUCUACGGUGAGAACUUGGCUCGUCUUCAAUCCGUCAAGGCCAAGUACGACCCGAACAAUGUCUUCCACAAGAUGCAUCCCAUUCCUCUGUCUACGGGAGGAGACUUGGCGAAGUAA